GAAGAAGAGCGCUUCCGGCCGGAAGUGUUGUUGUUGUUGUGGCGGAGUAGAGCAGCUAGUGGAAGCUAACCGAAGCUAACAGAGUGUAAAUGUGAGAGUAACAGAUGGCUGCCGGCUUUACUCUCAGGACUGUGAGGCGGCGUUCUGCAGAAGAUGACAUUUGUUUUCUGGAGUCUAAAUCUGUGAGACUGGAGGCAGAGACCAACGCCUUAAGAUGGAACAGGAAGUCCCAUACAGGAAGUGAGGACGGACAAGAUGAGGAGAGGAAACCUGUCUCAGGUGGUGGGAUGGUGGUCACCAUGGAGACCAGUGACGACAGUGAAGAUGAAAUGGGACGACUGGACAUUGACCUGGACAUGAAGUCCAAACAGCAUAACCUGACAUCGAGCAACGUGCGCUCCAUUCUGCAUGAGGUGAUUACCCAUGAGCAUGUGGUGGCCAUGAUGAAAGCGACUAUCAGAGACACUCAGGACCUGCCUAUGUUUGAGCCAAAGAUGACUCGUUCCAGACUGAAACAGGUUAUCCAGCUGGGACAGUCAGAGAACUGGAGUUUGUCUGCAGUCGAAACAGUGAAGCCCCCUCAGUUUGUUGAUAUAGAUCUAGAGGAGGAUGAAGACUCUUCAGAUGAGGAGUACUGUCCUGAUGAGGAGGAGGAGGAGGAAGACACAACAGAGGAGAUGUUUCUCAGUGAUAUCGACAGUUUGACUUCUCCUCCCAGAACUCUGCAGAGACCUCAAUCUGAACAUCCAGAACACCUGAGGACGAACUCACUCCCACAGAGAUUUCCAGGACGUCUGAAGAACCAGGUGAUGACCUUCACCUGCACCCCUCAGCACCUCUUAGCUGCUCCUGAGUCCUCCUUCCUUGAAAGACUGAACGCUGUGGACGAGGAGCUGGACUGCAGCCCCACCUACAGCUGUAACCAGUCUCUGGACAGAAAAAAAAGUGACGAGAAUGAUGAAGGCAGUUUAGCGUAUCGCACACGCUCCAAACUUCGAUUGGUUAAUGUUCCUCUGGGUCAGCUGGAGGCGGAGCUUCUAGCCCCUGACAUCACCGCUGACAUGUAUGAGCAGAAUCCUGCCCAGCGAGAGGAGGACCGUCAUUGGACGAGGUGGCUGCAGGGUCUGAUGGCACCGGACAAUGAAGAGGAAGCUGACGAUGAAGACGACCCUGAAUAUAACUUCCUGGAGGAGCACGAUGAACCGGAUGUGGAGGACUACAGGACGGACAGGGCGGUGCAGAUCACCAAGAAGGAGGUGAACGAGCUGCUGGAUGAGCUCUUUGAUACGCUGCAGGAGGAGGAGGAGGAGGAGGAGGAGGAGGAGGAGGAGCAGCAGCAGGAGGAGGAGCAGGAGGAGGAGGAGUCACACCAGGAGUCACACCUGGAAUCACUGACUGGAACUAAGUUCAACGUUCCCAAAGCUUUACGAUUUGAGGCACCGUUAGCUAGCAUGCUAACAGAGCGGCGACGAACGGUCAGACAACAGUACGAAGCUCUGCAGCAGAAGAGGGCGCUGCAGGACACGACCAAUCAGCAACGCAAUAACACACACCUGAACCACACGCCUGCUCCACAAUCACACACCACCACCCCCCUCCAGGUAGUCAGCCCCAACUGCCCCCCCUUUCAACUGGACCACACCCAGAAACUACAGCUGCAGCAGCAGGUCCAACAGCAUGUGCAGCUGCUGACUCAGAUACACCUGCUGGCGUACCGUUUGGAAACUCUUAACCACGAAACCUGCAUCACCAAACAUUACCUGGAAGAGCUGCAGCAGUUUGCCAGGCGUCAGGAGGAGGUUUUAAGACCCAGCAGUUUUAGAGUGUGUAACCUGAAGGGGGCGCUGGAUCUCCUGAAGGAGGAGGAGAGGAGGGGGAAGCCUCCUCCUGCUCCUCCUGCUCCUGCUGCCUCCAGACGCUUGCUCCCCAGCAUGACUCCUUCCACCAACAGUCUGGCCUUCCCUCUGCUUCCAGCCGACCUGGCGUGGCUGUUUGCAACUCGACCCGUGUUCCUUUACCCAGAAUUACUUCCCGUCUGCAACAUGGACGUCGUCAGCAUCCGACAGCAGAGAAAUGUUUACACAGCAGGAGAGGAUGGACUAAUCGUUCUGGGUCUGAAGCACUUCGAGGGGACGGUGGAGCCAGAUCAUCUGAUUAGUUCGUAUCUUCUUCGUAAGACUCGAUGGAACUUCAGGAAACACGUCAGAGAGAUGAGCGGGCCCAGAGCGCUACAAAACAAUGUCAUAAAGAUGUUUCUGAUGCAGGGAGUCGUUCCCCCUCUGCCACUUGCCUGCUGCAGAGUUCAGCCAGCAGACCAGCGCCCCCCAGUGGAAAGAAACAGCUCAAACAUGCCGAACUGGCUCAAGAACAGUCAGAUGAUCAUCCAGAAGACUCGUCUCGACUCCAACUCUUACCCUCCCUCCCUUCCACCAGGUUGCACACUAAGGCUCCACCCCUACUGGCUCACCAAAUCCUACCCUGCAGCAACCCCCCACAGACGCAUCUUCAAAUUGGCCCACAAUGCAUCACUGCUGCCCCUGGCCAAAGCCCCAGAAGACAGACAAGCAGAUGUAAAAGCAGACAGACAGGUUCAUAUGCAACCAAUGAGCCUCCUGUCCCCUCCCCCUCCAGGUUUUGCUGAACUGGCGGCUUUGUCUCAACCCUAUGGGGCUGUCCCAUUGGCUGCUGUUCAAACAGUCCCCGCCCCCCCUGCAUGUCCUACGGUUACAAAGUCUUGCCUUCCUAUUGGCCAGAGAUUGCAUCAGAGCUUUUUUAUGAAACAGAAGAGCAGCUCCACACCCCUGUUCCUGCCCCUCCCCUCUCUGACCUACCCUGAUACUACUAGUCCCAUAAUGCCAUGCUCAGCUACUGCUCUAAAGCCAGGGUAUUUCGUCCUCCGGAUGGUGUGGACACCGCCUGCUCAACCCACAGCUCUGCCCACUGCUACCUCCCAACCCAAAGCUCCGCCCACUGCUACCUCCCAACCCAAAGCUCCGCCCACUGCUACCUCCCAACCCAAAGCUCCGCCCACUGCUACCUCCCAACCCAAAGCUCCGCCCACUGCUACCUCCCAACCCAAAGCUCCGCCCACUGCUACCUCCCAACCCAAAGCUCCACCCACUGCAAACUCCCAUCACAAAGCUCCGCCCACUGCAAACUCCCAUCACAAAGCUCCGCCCACUGCAAACUCCCAUCACAAAGCUCCGUCCACUGCUACCUCCCAACACAAAGCUCCGCCCACUGCUACCUCCCAACACAAAGCUCCGCCCACUGCAAACUCCCAACCCAUUGGUCCGUCCACUGCAAACUCCCAUCAUGCUGUUAAGCAAAAGUUUGAAAUAUCCGUCAAUGAGGAGCAGGAGGACAUUGAGCCGCAUUCCACUCGGCCACUUCUCCCCGUUGACAAGAGACAGGAGGAGGAGGAAAGUUUCACUUCAACAAUUAAUCCAAGGUUGUCUUGUGCAGGACAGAAGGAAAAGGAGGAGGAGGACUUGCCUGGUCCAGUUUUGGUCACUUUAAACGGAGGAGAGAAGUCUGGUGAAGAGGAAGAAGACAGGAGAGAGGAGGGAGGAGGAGAAGGGGAGGAGGAUGCAGGAGGGGGAGGGGCAGGAGGGCAGGAAGGAGAGGAGGAACAGGAGGAGGAACAGAGGGAGGGUGGAGAAGGAGAGAAGGAAGAAGAUGGAGAGAAGGAUAAGGAUGAAGAUCAGGAUCAGCAGGGGGAGGAGGAGGAGGAGGAGGAUGAGGAUUUUGAUGACCUUACACAGGAUGAAGAUGAAGAGGAAGUGAUGUCAUCAGCUUCGGAGGAGUCAGUGCUGUCUGUUCCAGAGUUACAGGAAACCAUGAAGCAGCUGACGUGGUUGGCGGCAGAGCGGCGGCUCUGUGCAGACGGAGACUCAGAGGAGGAUCACUCUCCCACCUCCCCCGGCUCUCAGGAGGAGGAGGAGGAAGAGGAGGAGGAGGUGCCUAAGGAGGAGGAGUCUGGAGAGGGAAGGGGAACAAAGGAGAUACGAGGCGAGGGGACGCCCAGAGGAGGAGGAAAUCGUCCAGGACGAGGGAGAGGGCGGAGUCGUCCUCUUCGCGGUCUGAGAAGGAGUCGUCAGGAGCGCCACAGCGUCGACACCACUAAACUGUUACUGCUGUAUGAUGAAAACAUCCUGGACAACGACCCGCACAGAGAGAGCAAAGAUGUUGCGUUCGCACAGAGCUACUUAAACAGGGUACGUGAGGCCCUGCAGGAUUUACCUGGACAGGCUGGGGAGUUUGUGUCUCUGCUGAGUGAGUUUGAGCAGGCGGGAGAAGGACAAGAAUUGAUAAUGUUGUUCAGGAAGCUGCGCUGCAUUCUGGGAGACCGAACUGACCUUCUCAGAGAUUUUGCCGCAUUCCUCCACCCUGAGCAGGCGCUGCAGUGCGGACUGUUUGAGGAGCAGCAGGCGUUUGAACGAAGCCGCCGAUUCCUGCGACAGGUAGAGAUCAGCUUCGGAGAUAAUCCGUCACAUUAUCAGAAGAUCAUCAAAGCUUUGCAGACUGGACCAGACCUAAGUCCAAUCAGCGUCCAGGAGUUAAAAUCUCAGAUGGCCACGCUGCUAAAAGGCCACAAUCAUCUACAAAAUGAAUUCUGGGUAUUUUUUGACAAUCUCCGCCCACCCCCUGCCCACCUGGGACAGUUUGAAGAAGCCCAUUGGCCAGAGGAGGAAGGGACAGAGGUUAUUGGCCAUGAGUCAGGAGGCGGGGCCAGCAGUGGCUUUGAGGAAGUGACCCUCCCAGAGCUAGAAGAGGAAGAGGAGGGGCAAAAGAUCGCACCACUGACGAGCCGGCGCCAAAGGAGAAAAAUGGACGCCCACAGAAAUUACAAGGACUGUGAUUGGUCAGAUAAGGACUGGUCAUGCCUCUGUCCACACUCAAAGAUCCGAAGGCACAGAAGGAAAGGAUGCUCUCGCUGCCAUGGCAACAAGACCUCAGGGGGCGUGUCCAGGGCCAUGAAGAGUCUGGACCCUCUGUACUCUCAGAUAAGAUCCGACCACCAUCAACCAGGUGAAGACCUUGAGAUGAAGGGGGAUGACGACAGUCCUCAGCCAGAUUGCAGUAGUGCAUCAUGGGAAGGCUCGUUCCCCCUUACUGAAGAGAAGGAGGAGGAGGAGGAGGAGGAGCUUGAUGAGGUGGAGGAUGAUGAAGAUGAGGAGGAGAGUAAGAGCAGUGAGAAGGAGCAGAGCCCAACUGUGAAGAGGAGCAAGAGGGAGGAGACGCUGCAAACCCCUACCGCCUCCAUAAUUAUCACCUCCUCCAUCUCUCCUACCACCUCCUCCACCCCCCAUCCCUCUACCACCUCCUCCACCACCACCUCCUCAAAUCCCUCUAUGACCACCUCCUCCAUCUCUCCUACCUCCUCAAACCCCCAUCCCUCUAUCACCUCCUCCACCACCACCACCUCUUCAAACCCCCAUCCCUCUAUCACCACCUCCUCAAACCCCCAUCCCUCUAUCACCUCCUCCACCUCCUCUACCACCACCUCUUCAAACCCCCAUCCCUCCACCACCACCUCCUCAAACCCCCAUCCCUUUAUCACCUCCUCCACCCCCCAUCCCUCUAUCACCUCCUCCACCACCUCCUCAAACCCCCAUCCCUCUAUCACCUCCUCCACCUCCUCUACCACCACCUCUUCAAACCCCCAUCCCUCCACCACCACCUCCUCAAACCCCCAUCCCUUUAUCACCUCCUCCACCCCCCAUCCCUCUAUCACCUCCUCCACCACCUCCUCAAACCCCCAUCCCUCUAUGACCACCUCCUCCACCCCCCAUCCCUCUAUCACCUCCUCCACCACCUCCUCAAACCCCCAUCCCUCUAUGACCACCUCCUCAACCCCCCAUCCCUCUAUGACCACCUCCUCCACCCUCCAUCCCUCUAUCACCUCCUCCACCACCUCCUCAAACCCCCAUCCCUCUAUGACCACCUCCUCAACCCCCCAUCCCUCUAUCACCUCCUCCACCACCUCCUCAAACCCCCAUCCCUCUAUCACCUCCUCCACCACCUCCUCAAACCCCCAUCCCUCUAUCACCUCCUCCACCACCUCCUCAAACCCCCAUCCCUCUAUCACCUCCACCUCCCCUGUGUCCUCUCAUUCCUCCUCAUCUGUUUCCCCCUUUACAUCCAUCUCCUCCUCAUCCACCUCCUCCAUCUGUCCCGCUGUCUGCACCUCCUCACCCCCCUCCUCACCCCCCUCUGCUCCCCCUCGGCCCAGUCCUCCUCCUGACCUCCCGGUCUGUGCCAAGAACAUUUCUCUGACAGCGAGUGGAGAGAAAGUCAUCCUCUGGACCAGAGAAGCCGAUCGAGUCAUUCUAACAACGUGUCAGAAGGACGGAGCCAAUCAGAACACAUUUCAGGCAAUCUCUAUUCUGCUCGGCAACAAGACUCCCAGUGAGGUCUCACGCCGGUUUCAAGAUUUGAUGCGUUUGUUUCGAACUGCCGCUCGUCACAGCAACUCUGAGGAUGUGACUCCGCCCACAGAGCCAGCAACAGCCAAUGAGGGUGAGGACUGAUACCGGCCAAUCAGUAGAGCUGUGGGUUACAAUCCCAGAACUUUUAUUGUGAAAGGAUUUAAAAGUUUCCUGUAAAAAAUGUAAAUUUAUAAAAUAAAUUAUUCCAUAUUUUCUCAAGAAA